AUGGAAGGUCGGGUCGAGUUCGGGCUGACCCGACCCGAUUCAAGCGUUCCGAGCACCAGAUCCGUCCACGACCCGCCGGUGAAGAAACGGAAAAGGGUAGUUGUGGAGAAGGGGGAAAGUAGUUCGGAUGUUCGUACACCUAUUAAGGAUCUUCGUGCUCAUAGGGUCUUCUCUCCAGCUACUCAUAUUGUUUUACAAAAUGAUGAUAUUAGUUUCAAGAAAUGUGAAAUACCGUUAUUCGAUGGUGAAAAUGUUGAUGAUUUGGGGGUAAAAGAGUGUGGUGAAACUGGAAAUGAUGAUAUUAAUUUGAAGAAAAGUGGAGUUGGGGUUGAGGUAAAUGGUGAAAAUGUUGAUAUAUUUGGGAAAAAUGAGAAUGAAGGAGUUGGUAAAAUUGGGAUUACUGUGUCCAUUCCUAAGAGUAAUUUGGCUGUGAGUUCGAGUUUGCGUAGGAAGGUGUUCAUAGCUCCAAGCUCAUUUAGCUACAGAAGAUUGCUGCCAUAUUUGACAGAUGCUGCGCGAGAGUAUUCUGAUGUUUCAGAAAUUGAUACACGUGAUGCGUCAUCCAAGUCCAGCGAUCCAACUUUGAGUUAUCUGAAACCUGAGCUGCAAUCAACGGCUAGUAAUGGUUCUGCUUCUGAUGUCAGUAAGACACUAGGAGGCGUAGAAGGUCAGAAGAUCGUGCCCAAUGUAUCAGGGGGCCCACAGGAUCUCAAUGAAAUCCCUGAUGUUUUGUCCCAGACUCAGGUGGAGUCUCGGGUGUUUACCAAUGCGGGAGGACUUAAUCCCGAGGCAUUGGACGAAUGCGUCCAGACAACACCACCAGAUGCUGACAUUUUCUGUAAAGCUAAUGUGAGCCAUAAUUCUGAGCAGAUGGAGAAAUUUUUUGCAGGUCAUCCAUCAGAUAGAAAUGGCUGCAAUGUAAAGAAGUCUAAUUUGACUCCUGGGAAAAACGGAAGUGUUUCUAAAAACAAAUUGGCUCUAAAUCCUUGUUCUAGGCUGAAGGUGUUCAAAGCUGCAAGCUCUGUUAGCUACAGAAGACUGCUCCCAUUUCUGAUGGAUGUUGCAAAAAGUGAUUCUGGAGGUGCUUCAAGUGAAAAUGGACUUCCUAAAUUUCAGAGGGACUUGGAGUGCAACCGACCUUUUUUGUCUGUUAGUAAAAAAGUUCCUACAAACAAAGAAUAUUCUCCCAAGAAAGAAGAAAUCAAAGAACAAGGGACAAAGUUACUUGAACCAAAGUGCACCUCAGCCAAUGACGUGAGUGAAUCAUUCAAUAAGAUGCCAAGAUCAGUGUUUCCAGAUGAUUUGGCCAAUUCCCAAACAUUACUUAAUGUCGAGAUUGAAAGAAAAUCUGAAGCAGAGUGUGCUGAUACAAGUAAUGCAGAAAAGUUGGUAGUACCAGAAUGUCUCAAAAAUGAGAUCAAUAGUUUUAAUACUGGAGCAAACAAUGUAAGGCCUGAAACUUCAGUAUCUAUCCCAAACCUCUUGCCUAUCAGUCUUGAAGAUUUGCUAAGUGAAUAUGGGGUGGAAGAUCCAAAAGUCGAGCCUGUUAGUCCUGAAGGAGAUCGCAUGGCUUUGGAGGUAGAUUGUAAUGAAGAAAGUAAGAGUUCUGGUGAUCCGACUGGCACUGUAGAAAUUCAUGCACAUGCUAAUGAGGCUCUAAAGAAGGAGCUUUUCCUCAAAGUAUCAGAACCCGAGGCUACCAAUAAUGAAAGCAGCUGCAAGGUUUUGCUGGCAGAUAGCAACGGAGACAGUGGAGGGCUUAACGCAGUUGCUUUGAUCACAGCAUCUUCUUCCACUGAACCAUCAGAUAUUUCAGGAUAUGGUAAUGAUGGUCCCACCAAAACCCUAUGCAGUGAGUUGAUACAAGAAAUCUCACAAUCUAGCGAUAAUCUAAACAAAAAUGGAUGCCUCGAACCAGCUAUUUGUCACCAGAAAUCAACUCAGAAUGACUCAUCAUAUGAUUUGGUUACUCAUCCUGAUGCUCUCAACAAAGGGAUAUUAAAGAGAAAUCCUAGGGGAUGUAGAGGUCUGUGUAACUGUCUAAAUUGUGCUUCAUACCGCCUGCACGCUGAGAGAGCUUUUGAAUUUUCUAGAAAUCAGAUGCAAGAUACUGAAGAAGUUUCUCUGGGAUUGAUGAAGGAGUUGGCUGAUAUGCGGAUUUUCUUGGAGAAACACCUUUCUACUGAAAACAGCCUUGCUCCUAUCCCACUUACUCAGCUCGAGGUUGAAGAAGCAUGUACUAAAGCAUUGGAAGCAGAACAACGGGCAAAAGAACGCCUCAGCCAAAUGAAUAACGAACUCAACUAUCACUGCAGAGUCCCGUCUUUGUACCGGCCAAGAGUUAGAUUUGCCGCUCAUAUUGAAGGAAAAACUGUUGCAGAAAUAGAAUCAUCUAGUUCGAAAUCUGAGAAUGAAGAUAUCAAAGCAGGGACAAAACGUACCCGAAAGAAGCAUCACUAAGCUAGUUCCAUGUGUUUUUUUUUCUUUCUUUCAAGUUCCAUGCUUGUUAUCAAAGUUGACUUGUAGAUAGGUGACAUAGUCCAGAAUAUAUAUUCAUGGUGGAAGCUACAAUUCUUGGUACUUCUUCAAAAAUGAGAUUAUUUACUUCUUCUAUCCUCAUACUGCAAAGAGAUUGCUUUGUAUUGCAAAAUUAUCUUCCACAA